AACGUCACAUCCCCUUGACCCUCCAAUCACCUCGGGGUCCCAUUUGAUUGGAAGGCGGCAAGGGCUUUAAUCUCAGACUAAUUCAGUUGCUUUUGAAGUGAAAAUUUCGGGCAGUUCUCGGGCUGGGAGGAGUAGCGCGUGGAGCUCCGGGAGGAGGCAGAACAGAGCGCGCAAUGCCUGUGGUGUCACGCGCAGCUCCGGAUCGGCGAUAGCCCUCGCGCUGUGCGUCUGUCUGUCUGUCUGUCUGUCUGCCACGAGCGAACGGAUUAUACGAGCUUGUCUUUAUUUCGAAGAAGGUCGCUUCGAAGUAGUUCUUGAUGCAUAGGACGAAUGAAACGCCAACAGAAUAAAUGAGAAUUGGGUCAUGAGCACAUCGCCCUCUGUUACUGCUCGAAGAAAUAGCGAUACCGAUCUAGCCUGGGAAAGCUGCAGUUCUCGGAAUAACAGCUCAGCGAGCAUCAACAAGCCUUUUCUCCAUCCCGUCCCUCCAACGGACCCUUUACGGCAAGCCAAGCGACUUCCCAUCAAGGUUGUGAAAAUGCUGACGGCACGCACGGGACACAUUUUGCACCCGGAGUACCUCCAACCGUUACCGUCUACUCCGGUUAGUCCCAUCGAGCUAGACGCAAAGAAAAGUCCGCUGGCUCUUCUUGCGCAAACGUGUUCUCAGAUCGGGAAACCGGACCCUCCGCCUUCUUCUAAACUCUCCUCGGUGACAUCAAAUGGAUCUAGCGAGAAGGAGACCAAGUCCGGUCCUUUAAAGCUGAGCGACAUCGGCGUGGAAGAUAAAUCGAGCUUCAAGCCGUACUCCAAACCAGCAGAUAAGAAGGACUCGUCCUCGGGGGUUUCUAGCGGGGAGAAGUCUGGUUUCCGUGUGCCGAGCGCCACCUGCCAGCCGUUCACUCCCGGCACUGGCAGCCCCAAUUCCAGCACUUCUGCGUCCCCGAUGCCGUCCGAGACCAAAGGAGAGAGGGAUGAAAAGAAAGAAGGUGACUGUAAUAAAACGUGCAGUACGGACGGCUCUGGAGCUACUGGCGUCAGCAGCCACAGCAGGAUAAGUGUGAGCUGUGCUGGAAUUAACGUGGAGGUCAACCAACACCAGGAGAGCACAUCUGGAUCCAAGGCCACGACGUCGGAAUCGUCGUCAUCGGUGUCUUCUGCGUCCUCUGCGGCUGUUCUGGGCUCGGGUCUUGUGGCACCCGUUUCUCCAUACAAACCGGGACAGACAGUUUUCCCUUUACCCCCUGCCGGCAUGACCUACCCAGGAAGUUUAGCAGGGGCCUACGCGGGCUAUCCUCAGCACUUCCUGCCCCACGGCGGAAGUCUGGUGAACGCACAGCUCGCCAGCUCCCUUGGCGCAAGCAAAGCUGGAUCAAGCCCCUUAGCUGGUGCUUCUCCACCGUCCAUCAUGUCUGCCAGCCUUUGUAGAGACCCGUACUGCUUGAGUUAUCACUGUGCCAGUCACUUAGCGGGCGCGGCCGGUGCCUCGUGCACGCACGACUCAGCCGCCGCGGCCCUCAAGUCCGGAUACCCGCUCAUGUACCCGACGCACCCUUUGCACGGCGUGCACUCCACGCCACCGUCUUUCGGCGGACACCCUUUGUACCCGUACGGCUUCAUGCUCCCCAACGACCCGUUGCCUCACGUGUGCAACUGGGUGUCGGCAAACGGGCCGUGUGACAAGCGCUUCUCGUCCUCAGAGGAACUGCUUAACCACCUGCGGACGCACACAGCCUUCACCGGAGCAGACAAGUUGAUCUCGGGGUACCCGAGCUCGUCGUCCCUUGCCAGCGCUGCCGCCGCGGCCAUGGCGUGCCACAUGCACAUGCCACCGUCCGGAGCUCCUGGAAGUCCCGGCACACUCGCACUGAGGAGCCCACACCACGCGCUCGGACUAAGCAGUCGCUAUCACCCGUACUCUAAGAGCCCGUUACCUACCCCCGGUGCCCCGGUGCCCGUUCCCGCCGCAACCGGCCCUUAUUAUUCUCCAUAUGCACUGUACGGCCAGAGACUCACUACAGCGUCAGCGCUCGGGUACCAGUGAAACGGACUCACACACCCUCAGAUUUAGAGCUUAUAAAGAUUCAAAUAUAAAGACUUUUAUAUCAACGCACCACUGAAGGACUGGAUCCGUGGACUCCACUGUAUUUAUUUAUGUCAGCUUAAAGCGGACAAUAAUACAAAAAGGAAAACUAUUUGAGCAAACUCAGAAGUGCAUUAUGUUUAAAUCUCAGUAGGUAAAAGUGAAACACAUGUUAGAGUACUAAUAAAAUAGGGGUUCUUCAGUUCAACAUUCAUUUGAAAUUGCUAUGAUUGUAUUGUACGUUCUUAUUUAAUGUCUCAUUGAAAAAAAAAGAAAAAAAGAAAUAAUUUACAUUUGCAUGUUUGUUUGUUUUUUUUCAAGCCCAAAUUGUCCGCAUAAUUUCAAAUUGCCGUUAUUUUUCAGGCGUAUACCAUGGAGAGAGAAUUGGUAUUUUUUUGUAUGUAUUCUGGAAAAAAAAUAAUAAGAAACAAUUCUGUUCCAUAAAUGUGU